UUCCGCUACCAGCAACACACACGCACGCAUACACACACACACAUACACACAUGGUUUAGUCUGAAUGGUGUGCAACUUACAAAGUCAAAAUGUCCCGUCUGGAACAGAAAACAGACUGCUCGAGCCAAACCGAGUCUCCAUGGCUGUUUCCAUCACAUCUACAUGUGGGUUUCCACGGAGGUUCUGGAAAUUGAGGUGGAACUGUUCGGAACGACAACUGCACAGUCCGAGUCGUCUGUUGGGUGUGGAGUGUGAGGCGUCUGAGGUGAAACAGAAGCGAAAGCAGCAAACACUGACUCUGUGUGAAGUGUGUAAUAUCCAGCUGAACUCCAGUGCUCAGGCUCAGAUCCACUACAACGGCAAAACUCACCAGCGCCGACUACGGCAAGCCAACAGGGCCAAAACCAGCAGCGGAGCCAGAAGCAGCAUGGGAAGUCCAGCCCAGGGUGGGGCUUUGAAAACAUCACAUCCUGUUCAACCCCAGAUGGACCUGAAGAAGUUUUUGCCUUUGAAAGUGAACAGCUCGUCACCUCUAAGCCUCUUCUCCAACUUCAAUGUGAUGGAUCCUGUUCAGAAGGCGGUUAUCAGCCACACUUUAAGCAUCGCACAAUCACUAAAGAAGAAACAAAUCAUCACCUGCAACAUCUGUCACCUGCGCUUCAACUCAACAAACCAAGCAGAAGCGCACUACAAAGGGCACAAGCAUGCACGCAAACUCAAAGCCAUAGGCAAGCUGAAGACCAAGCAAAGGAUUCUGGGAAAGUGGAGAGAAAGGGAGAGAAAAAAACCAAUAGAGGGAGAGAUGGAGGAUGGCAAUAGGAAAGAUGGCAGUGUGUCAGGGUUGACAGCACCAGUCUGUUCAUCACAGACAUCAAACCCAGAAGACGAUCGUGUUCAGGGAAUCUCACUCACACUAACGUCCCUUUCACACACCUCUAUAACAAAAAGGUUGUGUGAGAGCAAGUGUGUCCCAGAAUGCCCUGCUCUGGUGCCUCCAGCCGACCAGAAAAGCUUGUGUGAGUCUGAAUCUGUAGUAAAGGGGAACAGAAACCAGAGGAAGUGCAUCAGGAGUCUUCAGUGUCCUGUGUGUAAAGUGACGGUCAACUCUGGCUCGCAGCUGGAGGACCAUUAUAAAGGUUUUAAGCACAGACUGAUGCUGGGGGGUCACUGCACGCUGCCAAGAAAACGGGGUGGAAUGGUGGAUUCACCCCGAACCAUGCCAUGCCCUAAACGACCCUCCAUCAUCUCCACCUCGUCCGACCAAUCACAUCGUUGCAGUGUGUGUGAUGUAGACGUCAACUCAGAAGCUCAGCUCCGACAGCACAUGAGCAGCAGGAGACACAGAGACCGAGCGACUGGAAAAUCACAUCUAAUAAAGUACAGCCCCUACAGCAACAACUCAGCCCAGUCAGUGUUAACGACCAAGCUCACACUUCAGAAGGAACUCUUCAGAACAUUGAACUCCAGUUUCCUAACCUCAGCACUCACCCCUGCUUCCCUGUGCGCCGUGGCAACCGGACCUCUGUCUCUAAGUCAUGUUCAUCCGCCUCCUGCCAUAGUUCACGCACCCUUGUUUAGCCCAACCCUCUUUAGACCUGCCCUCGAACCCCUGAGGGCAGCUCAUGGUCCUAUUGUCUUCUCUCCUUACUGAAGGUUCCAGCAUUUCACAGGACGUGUAUCAGGCAGCCACACAGAUUACGCUGCAGGAUGUUUAUUAUUUAUUUCUAUCAAUUACAUUUUUUUUUAUUUAAAACAUUCAUAUUUAUUUAAAAAAAACCCUGAAAUUUCUGGGAAAAAAUUCUGUUACUGUCAGCUCGAAGCACCUAUUUGAGAUUCUCUUUGUAGCAUUUAUAUUUGUGUCUUGACAUGAUACAUACGUUUAAAUAUACUGUACUGUGCAAAAGUUUUGGGCAGGUGCGAAUAAUGCUUUAAUGUAAGGAAGCUUUAAAAAUGGAAUAAAUUAUCAGAUGAGAAAUCCAAACCAGUGUGACUAGUUUUUGAAGGAACUCAGUUGUAGUAAACCUACAGUGUUCCAUACACCUUUGAGAAUUGGUUGGCUGGAGACAAUCAUUAUUGUGCCGCUCUCUAGCCCUUCGGCAAACAACCUGCCUCCUGCUACAGCUAAAUAUAAAAAAAAUUUACUUGUCAUCGGAGGUCUGUCUUUUGGACCAAAUUUCUCCCAUUCCAAGACCAUUUCUGACCAGACUUCUCCAGACA